AUGACUAAAGAUCUGAGACAUUUUUUAUGCAAAUGCUGCUUUCAUGAUCUUAAAGUGAGUUCAGAGAUGAGAUGUGAAGAUGAUAAUAACUCUGAAGCUCAGAGUGAGUGUAAAAAGCAAUCAAUCAUGCAAGUAAACAACCCUGAAGAUGUUGAACAAAUGUUCGUAAAGCCUUUGCAAAAUAUUUCCUAG